AUGGCUAAUCCGCCGAACGAACCAUCGCGUGAAACGAGAGAUCAACGCAUCGCAGAAUUCAUCGGUUUGACUUGUGUAACGAGUGAAGAAACGGCAGCCAAGCACCUCAAUCGAUACGAUUGGGAUGUAAACUUAGCCGUCGAUAAUUUUUGGGAAAAGCGCUCUUCACCGCAUUCUCAGAACGUGUCGAAUUUGAAUCGUCCUCUGAGGAUUGGCCAAUCGAAUUCCAAGGAUGAUCGUACGACGGCUUCGCAGGGUUUCUCUUUCUCAGAUCCGGAAAUUCCCCCAGGCUUCGAACACGAGAGACGCCCUUCAAGUCCGAUAGAAGCUGGUGACGAACAGCAGAGUCCUUUGGAUUUGAUCUAUGACGCUAUACCUCUAAUGAAGUCAUCUCAAGAGAAGAAAGAAGACACUGAGGAUGACCUUUCGCCGAAGAUGGAUGUUUGGAUUGACCUAAUCUGCGAUGAUACCAAAGUGUCUAGAGAAGAAGCACUCUUUUACCUCGAGGGAUUCAAGUGGAAGUUUCAUGCGGCCAUGGAGGCUUGCCGCAACAAAACAUUGCCUCCCGUCGAGGAAACUCCUGUGAGCCAGAAAUCCACCUUGGCGGCGGCGCCAAUGGUCUCGAAUCAGCGGCCGUUCUCGCAGGAGCAACCGUCUCACGCAGCGGCGCCAAUGGUCUCGGAUCAGUGGCCGUUCUCGCAGGAGCAGCCGUUUCAGACAGCGGCGCCAAUGGUCUCGAAUCAGUGGCCGUUCUCGCAGGAGCAACCGUCUCAGUCGAACGAUGAUAAGAUCAAACAAUUCCUCGAGGUUACUGGUGUAGGGACUAGAGACGAAGCAGUCUUAUGCCUCAAUCACAAGUUCUGGAACAUACAAAGCGCUACCGACUUUUUCUAUAAGGAGCGUCAUCAUUUGUACGCAGAGGAUGCACUGAUGCAUCAAGCGAUCGAAAUGAGUUUGACGGAGGACAACAGAGGUCUGCCUCGUUCAACGACCGAGAGAGGAAGGUCAUCCGGAGAAGCUGGCGAAGGAAACGUCACAGUAGCUGUUCCUGGAACUGCGUCGUCUCAAGUGAAUAAGAGCGCACAGUUAUUCGACGUUCCUAUUGACACUGUUCCUAUUGGCACCAAAGCUGGGCGGACUGUGAGGCCUCGAGCUGGGAGGAUUGUUACUACAACAGAACUACCAGUCAGAUUGGCUGAUGCGUCUGCGAUUAUUGUUAGAUCAGGCCAAACCGUCAGAGACAUACGCAAUGCCAUUGAAGAUCGUAACCCACAGGGCAACAUAUACUACUAUUUAGAGUGUAUUCAUUCUGGAAAAGCGUACGCUGAUUUGGAUACAACUGUGGACGAAAUUUUAUCUGAUGGUGCUACGGAACUCAUCCAGGUCACCCCCCUUCCGUCGUCGUAG